GCCGGAGCCUCCAGCGCCGCGGGUAGGAUUGACCGACGCCGGGCGCCAUGGCAGCGGUGCCCGCGGAGGCCGAGACCCGCCAACGGCUGCUGCGCACCGUGAAGAAGGAGGUGAAGCAGAUCAUGGAGGAGGCCGUCACCCGCAAGUUCGUGCACCAAGACAGCAGCCACAUCUCCUCCUUCUGUGCCGCGGUGGAGGCCUGCGUUCUGCAUGGGCUGCGGCGGCGGGCUGCCGGCUUCCUGCGCAGCAACAAGAUUGCAGCCCUCUUCAUGAAGGUGGGGAAGAGCUUCCCACCGGCUGAGGAGCUGAGCCACAAGGUCCAGGACCUGGAGCAGCUGAUUGAGAGCACGCGAACACAGAUCCAGGGCCUGCAGGAGAAUGUGCGGAAGCUGCCGAAGAUGCCCAACCUGUCCCCACUGGCCAUCAAGCACCUGUGGAUCCGCACCGCCUUGUUUGAGAAGGUUCUGGACAAAAUUGUUCAUUAUCUGGUGGAAAACAGCAGCAAGUACUAUGAGAAGGAAGCCCUGCUGAUGGACCCCGUGGACGGCCCUAUCCUAGCUUCCCUGCUGGUGGGGCCCUGUGCCCUGGAGUACACCAGGAUGAAGACCGCCGACCACUUCUGGACGGACCCUUCAGCUGAUGAGCUGGUCCAGCGACAUCGCAUCCACAGCUCACACCUGCGCCAGGACUCACCCACCAAGCGGCCGGCCCUCUGCAUACAGAAGAGGCACUCGAGUGGCAGCAUGGAUGACCGGCCGGCCCUCUCUGCCCGGGACUAUGUGGAGUCCUUGCACCAGAACUCUCGGGCCACUUUGCUGUAUGGCAAAAACAACGUCCUGGUCCAGCCGAGGGAUGACAUGGAGGCGGUGCCUGGCUACCUGUCCCUGCACCAGACGGCGGACAUAAUGACCCUGAAGUGGACGCCCAACCAGCUGAUGAACGGGUCCGUGGGGGACCUGGACUACGAGAGGAGUGUCUAUUGGGACUAUGCCAUGACCAUUCGCCUGGAGGAGAUUGUUUACCUGCACUGUCACCAGCAAGUGGACAGUGGUGGCACCGUGGUGCUGGUCAGCCAGGACGGCAUCCAGAGGUCGCCCUUCCGCUUCCCCAAGGGCGGGCACCUGCUGCAGUUCCUCUCCUGCCUGGAGAACGGGCUGCUCCCCCACGGACAGCUGGACCCGCCGCUCUGGUCGCAGCGUGGGAAGGGCAAAGUGUUUCCCAAGCUCCGCAAGCGGAGCCCUCCGGGUUCCUCCGAGUCCACGUCUUCAGACAAGGAGGAAGACGAGGCCACGGAUUAUGUGUUCCGCAUCCUCUACCCCGGCAUGCAGUCUGAGCUGGUCCCCCAGGACCUCAUGGAUGUCUCUGAGAACAGCCUCCCGUCUUUGUGGCAGCCCGGUCCCCGGAAGUCCUCCUGCUCAUCCUGCUCACACAAUAGCUCAGCCGAGGGUGGCUCCAACAAUGGCUGCAACCAUGAGAGAGCUCCCCUGAAGCUUCUCUGUGACAAUAUGAAGUACCAGAUCCUUUCCAGAGCCUUCUACGGAUGGCUGGCCUACUGCAGGCACCUGUCCACCGUGCGGACCCACCUAUCGGCCCUGGUUAAUCACGUGAUCGUGUCCCCAGCUCUGCCCUGCGAUGCCAGGCAGGGGCUGACGGCCGGGAUCUGGGAGCAGUACCUUCAGGACAGCACCAGCUACGAGGAGCAGGAGCUGCUGCGGCUCGUCUACUACGGGGGCGUCCAACCCCAGAUCCGCAAGGCUGUGUGGCCCUUCCUCCUGGGCCAUUACCACUUCGGGAUGACAGAGGCAGAGAGGAAGGAGGUGGACGAGCAGAUCCAUGCUUGCUACGCACAGACCAUGUCCGAGUGGCUGGGCUGCGAGGCCAUCGUGCGACAGCGGGAGCGGGAGUCCCACGCCGCCGCCCUGGCCAAGUGCUCGUCCGGGGCCAGCCUGGACAGCCACCUGCACCGCAUGGUGCAUAGGGACUCCACCAUCAGCAAUGAGUCCUCACAGAGCUGCAGCUCGGGCCGCCAGAACCUCCGCCUGCAGAGCGACUCCAGCAGCAGCACACAGGUAUUUGAAUCAGUGGAUGAGGUGGAGCAGGUGGAGGCAGAGGGCAGGUUGGAGGAGAAACAGCCUAAGAUCCCCAAUGGGAACCUGGCGAACGGUACUUGCUCUCCAGACUCCGGUCAUCCUUCUUCUCACAACUUCUCUUCUGGCCUCUCGGAGCACUCAGAGCCCAGUCUGAGCACAGAAGACAGCGUGUUGGAUGCCCAGCGGAACGCGGCCCUGACCUUCCAACCAGGGGACAGCAGCGUGGACGAGGGGCAGAGCAGCGAGGCCACCACAUCCCGGGAUGAGGCCCCUCGGGAGGAGCUAGCUGUGCAGGACAGCCUGGAGAGCGACCUCCUGGCCAAUGAGAGCAUGGAUGAGUUCAUGUCCAUCUCGGGCAGCCUGGACGUGGCCCUGCCUGAGAAGGACGGCUCCGCCACGGAGGGCUGGCGGGCCAGUGAGGCUGAGCAGCAGGGCCCGGUAGACAGCGAGGACAACAUCUCAGAGGAGCCCGAAAUGGAAAGUCUCUUCCCCACGCUGGCUUCCCUGGCCGUGACCCCUUCAGCCAACAAUGAAGCCUCCCCCGUGUCUUCCAGUGGUGUGACCUACUCGCCAGAGCUUCUGGACCUGUACACUGUCAACCUGCAUCGCAUUGAGAAGGAUGUGCAGCGCUGCGACCGAAACUACUGGUACUUCACGCCCGCCAACCUGGAGAAGCUGCGCAAUGUCAUGUGCAGCUACAUCUGGCAGCACAUUGAGAUUGGCUACGUGCAGGGCAUGUGUGACCUUCUGGCACCACUGCUGGUCAUCCUGGAUGACGAGGCUCUGGCCUUCAGCUGCUUCACAGAGCUCAUGAAGAGGAUGACACAGAACUUCCCGCACGGGGGCGCCAUGGACACACACUUCGCCAACAUGAGGUCCCUGAUCCAGAUCCUGGACUCAGAGCUGUUUGAGCUGAUGCACCAGAAUGGGGACUACACCCACUUCUACUUCUGCUACCGCUGGUUCCUGCUGGAUUUCAAGCGAGAACUCGUGUACGACGACGUGUUCUCAGUGUGGGAGACCAUCUGGGCAGCCAAGCAUGUGUCGUCGGCCCACUACGUGCUGUUCAUCGCGCUGGCCCUGGUGGAGGUCUACCGGGACAUCAUCUUGGAGAAUAACAUGGACUUCACCGACAUCAUCAAGUUCUUUAACGAAAUGGCUGAGCGACACAACACAAAGCAAGUCCUGAAGCUGGCCCGGGACCUGGUGUACAAGGUGCAGACCCUGAUUGAAAACAAGUGAGGCCUUCCCUUUCCCAUCCUCUGCCCUCCUCCCACACUGGAACGAAGUGAGGCUGGCAUGGGGUCCUGGGUUCCCCUCCAAGUAUGGACUGUGCAGAGGCACUGAUGCCUUGACUUUGCCUGACAGGCAGGGGGGCCACGGGGUGGCCCUUCCAGCUCAGCCUUACGUUUUCCUGUUUGACCAAAGAUUGCUGGAGCGUCUGCUUCUCCCUGGUGGAGCUGGGGUGUGGGUGGAUGGAGGUGGCCUCUCUUCCCUGCUGUCCCCUGUGUUCCCUUUCCCUCAUCUUUGCAGCUUUUGGGAAAUGAGUGUAGCAGAGCUCUCUAGGGCUCCCACUGAGCCCCCAAGCGGCGCUUGGAGAGGUUCCAGAGCAGAGGCGAUGGAUGGCUCUCCCCUCGUCUUUGCCGCUAUUUGACACCAGGGGGCGCCCUGUGCACUGUACGGUGGGGAAUCAGCUGCACUGCUGUCUACACCUCUCCAACGCAGAUGUCCUCAGAGACUGCCAAAAGCCCUGUGGGGCAAAAUUGCCCCCAUUUAAGAAGCCCUGGCUUAGAUGAGGGGCUCCAAGGGGCCCUGCCCUUGCUUUAUCCUAAGCCCCCCUCUGCUGGAAGCCUCCCCGUUCCCAGAAGGAAAUGCACACAGAAGUCCUUCUAGAUGUCUGCUGUGGAACUGGGUUCCAUUGCUAAGUUUUCUUUCUUUUUUUUUUCUCCUCUGAUGCCAAGAGGAAAAUAUCACACCGAGGUGAUAGGACCCAGAGGUGUCUGCAGGGGAGGGGCUUCUCCCACCCCUGGGCAGGCAGGUUAGAGCAUGCCGCUGCCCUCUUUCACGGGAGGACCUGGCUAUCCUCAGCCUCCUGGGCACAGGAAGGUGCAUGCCAGGCCAGGCAUGUUUGUGGCACCUUGGUCAGGGAGGCCGCUCUUCUCCCAGUGUUCUGCUUGGUCAGAACCAAGAUGGAGGAGACAGCUGCUGGGAGGGCAGAUCUGGCCUGGGCUUUUCUUCAGGGAGGAUCUGCCGGUUGGCUGGUCACCCCAAUGGCCACUAAGCCACCAACAGACCCUGACUGGUGGGGUGAGUGCCCUGGGCACCCGUCCAAAGCAGGGGGUAGGCUGGCAACUCCCCUGGAAGGGAGGGGACCCGCUGUCCUGCGGGGUGAUGGGGUUUCCGAGUGGGGAGGAGAUGAGGACAGAAGCUGUGGCAGAGAGGACACGUCUGCCACCCCAAGGUCAACAGCACAUGGUUUCCUUGCCCUGUGUGCUUCUGUGCCACUCCUUCUACCACACCCCAGCCCCAUCCUCCUCCCGAGGAGCUGAUGGACAUGGGGCAUGAUGGACAGACUUGUCAGUGGCCCUUGUGUCCCAUGGGGAGGUGACAUUGCCAUCCACGGCUACAGCCUUCCUGGUCCCCUUUCCCCCUUCCACACCGUCAGAAGUUUAUUUUGCUACUCAGCCGUUCCCUGCAGAGGGUGUUCACAUUUUAGCACAGCCUGGUCCCAGACCUUCUGAUCCUUAUUUAUUUUUGUAAAAGACACAUCUUGAAGUACAGCACAAGGACCCCCGCCUUCCCCCACCCUGUGGUGUUGCCAAGAACAUGUGUGGGUUUUGCUUGGAGCAACUCGUAUUCAUCUGUUGCACCCUGCAGACCGAUGUCUGUCCACUGUGUGUCCCUGUGUCCUGGAGCUGACUGUGGGUCGUCCUCUCCGUUAAGUGCCCUCUUUUUUCUCAGUGUUGUGAAUUUACCUUACAAAUGUUUACUGAAGAGUUGUGUCUAUCUCUAUAGAAAAAAUAUAUACAUAUAUAUAUGC